AUGGGACCGAAGCGCACGGAGAUGCGGAGGCAGCCGAUGUCUGCAGCCCUGGACGCCCCGGAGUCAGCGGGCACGCGCGGGGCGCACAAUGCCUGCUACUGCUGCUGCUGGUGUUGCUGCUGCAGCUGCUCCUGUCUCACGGUUAGAAGCCAAGAGGAACAGAGACACAGGAUGGUGUCCCAUGAGCUCAGAAGAGAUAACCUUCCAACCUGUGAAGAAAGCCCAAGCCUCACCCUGGAAGAAGUCGGCGCCUGCUCAUUCGACCAGUUAAUGUUCACUCCGGCCGGAAGGAACGCUUUCCGGGAAUUCCUCCGAACAGAAUUCAGUGAAGAAAACAUGCUCUUCUGGAUGGCGUGUGAGGAACUGAAGAAAGAAGCUAAUAAAAACGUUAUUAAAGAGAAAGCAAGGAUAAUAUAUGAAAACUACAUUUCUAUCCUUUCUCCUAAAGAGGUCAGCUUAGACUCCCGAGUAAGAGAAGUCAUCAACAGGAACAUGGUGGAACCAUCCCAGCACACAUUUGAUGAUGCACAAUUGCAGAUUUACACCUUAAUGCAUAGAGACUCAUACCCUUGGUUCAUGAGCUCUGCUCUCUAUAAAGAUUUGCUUCAGAGCUUGUCUGAGAAAUCAGUUGAAGCAUAGGAUGUUAUCAAAUAUGCUUAUUAUAAAUAAAACAAUAAAAGAAUUCAUGGACUACAUUAGUACAAGGAAUGUAGAUAGAGGUAGUAUCUUCUGCUGGAGUAAUAACUUGGGCCAUUUUAAUAAGAUGCUUCCUUCUACAGAAGACUAUAUAGUUACAGUAUAAAAUUGCAGCCACCUGCAAUGAUACUUCUGAAAAAAACUGGGGUCUGGCUGUCUUAGAUAGUAUAUGUAAACAGUAGCAUGUCCUCAAUGACAAGAGAUAGCCUUGAAGACUCCACACUGCCUGCAGCAUGUAGACCCACUGGAGAAAAUGGGACUGGUUUGUUUUGCAUGAGUCCAGUACCUGAUUACUCUCCUCCCAAAGAAAAGAUAGCAAGUGGAUCACAGCCACUCCCUCUUCUGUCUAAUUCAUUUUUGAGUAUUUCACUUAGUGCCAUUACAGGGCCCACAUUCCCAUUUUACAAAGAUGCAGCACUUUAAAAAUGGUUUUCCACUAUAUUACAGAAUACAUGUAUGUAGGUACAUAAGUGUGUGUGUCUAUACAUGGUAAGUGCAAAGCACUGUGCUCUUCAGUGGGUCUCAAGCAUUUAGUAAGAGAAGUAGUGCUUUGAAAAUUCUUCCAUUUAAAAGUUACCAGUAUUUUAUUAUCAGAAUCUGCGA